AUGACCGGUGGCUGGAUGACGAUGGUCAUGGCCAUAUUCAGUUACAUAGGUGACGUAUCUUCGGUAAAAUACCGUACGCUAAGGAUUGGAAUAGCGAACGUUUUUUACUCCGUAGCCGUCCCCAUCGGCACCGCAUUGUCGGGUGUAUUGUUCCGAGGACUAGGAUUUUACGGUGUGUACACCAUAGCCAUAGUGAUGUACGCAUUUACGAUUUCAUACGGCUGGAUAUUUAUCAAAGAACCAAAACCAGAGACAUGUUUAGAAAGCAAAGAACCACCAAAGUCCAUGUCUUGUUUUUAUUUGAUCGAAGAUUUUUUUAGCCUGAGCAAUAUCAAGGAGGCCAUUCGAGUGACGUUCAAGGAAGGACAGCACAACAGAAGGUUAAGGAUCAUUUCCUUGUUAGUUGUCGUCAUUGUCGUAAUGGGUCCUUUGUAUGGGGAAAUGUCAAUGAUGUACAUGUUUACACGAUUAAAAUUCAAUUGGAAUGAAAUUGACUUCAGUUUGUUUUCCACAUAUGCUAUGGUUACCAAUCUUAUAGGUACGAUGUUUUCAGUUGGUGUGUUCAGUCACAAGUUGGGAAUCGACGACGCCUUAAUUGGAGUAAUGUCGUGUAUGAGCAAAAUAUUAGCAGGAUUUGUUUAUGCGUUUGCCCCUACUGCUUUCAUAUUUUACUUAGCACCACUUGUGGAAAUCAUAAACGGUACAUCGUUUAUUGCUAUGAGAUCAAUUAUUUCCAAGCUCGUGCCGUCCGAUGAGUUAGGCAAGGUGAAUUCAAUAUUUGGCGUUUGUGAAGCUUUGGUACCAUUGAUUUAUGGACCUAUGUACAGUUCUGUGUACAAACACACAUUAAAGACAUUUCCUGGAGCGUUUUUUUUACUCGGUGGCUUGUUAACGGCUCCAGCAGCGAUUAUAUUCCUAUGGAUGUACAACGAACAUCUAAAGGAACGGCGAGUAAAAGAGUCGAUGGCCAGAAGCGGGGUGGAAAAUUCGGAAGAAACACUGCAAAAAGAGAAUAGUUUGGACAUCAGGUUAUCCUCACAAAACAUUGAUUAAAUAAUCUCAUUAAGCAGACAAACACAGCCUUUCAUGAUUUCGAGGCUAUUAUAUGGUGUUGAAUGUUGGACAAUAAAGUACCUAUUUUAAACGGCACACGGAUUAAGCGAUGCAAAUAAGCAAAAUGGCCAAUAUUAUUCACCGAUAAGGCGUUUUUAUUUUUUUGUACUCCUAUUUAUACGUCAUUAUUUUUAAGAUAUUAAAAUAUUUUGUAUCAUUUUUAAAUAUGUUAAGGCGUUUGUGAAAACUAAUUGCUGAACAGUUUAUGAAAAAUGCAUUUACAUUAUGAUACAUCCGUGAUUUGUAUACCAUAACCAUAAUGUUUAAAUUCAAUUACCUAUUUUACCUACUUAUACAAUUAACGUAUAUGAAAAACAUAUAGGUACAGUGAUCAAGGAUUUACAUAAAACGUAGAUUUCAUGUAAUUUGUCAUACAAUAAAAUAGAUCUAGAUGAACAGAAUUGCCAAAGAAUGAGGAGUGAUUUAAAAAA